GGAGCCAGCACCGCGUUGCAUUCGACAUUCGACCUCUGAGUAAUAUCUUAUUUUAUGGUUUAUGUAGAUAAAUAUACAGGAGGGAAACAAGCACCAUAAGGAGUACUGCCGCUACCUCUUAUGCCGGAUAUUUAAUUCUUGCCGUGGAAAGGCCUCAGGCGACAAGGGCAAGGUGGCCAAGGUGUCCAAGACGGCCAAACAUGGCGGCGCCCAGGUACCAUGUGCUUGUCGGCGCUGAAACUGGGCUUUUAAAAGGUGUCAACACAGAAAAGAGAACGUUUUCCAAUCUGAACAGUGUCCAGGAAGUCAGCAAGGAAUCGGAGAUCACAUGUCUACGUUGGAAGGACGAAUCAGAGUGCGAAGUGUAUGCCGGACUGAGGUCUCAGGUUGUCAAGACCUACUGCCCCAACAGUGGAGUUUGCAAGGACACUCUCGAUGUCAAGGGAGGAACGGGCCCGAUAAAAGGAUUGGGUGUCGUAAAUUCGAACCUCUUGACGUGCGUCAGCUCGGGGCUGCUGAAAGUUUGGGCGAAAGACGAAGGAAGCCGAGUGGAGGCUUCAGUGGGCAGCGACGUAUUCCGCAUGAGGCAGCACCCUCAAAAGCAAGGCUUGGUUGCGACGGGGGGCAAGGAGAAUGACCUGAAGCUCUGGGACCUCGAAAGCAUGCAGAAGCCAGUUUUUCAAGCCAAAAAUGUCAGAAACGACUUUCUGGACCUGCGAGUUCCGGUAUGGGUGACAGACAUGCAGUUCUUGAGCGAUUCUGACAAGGUUGUCGCCAUCACGGGCCAUCAUCAGGUUCGAGUCUACGACCCCGGCUCCCGCCAGCGAAGACCAGUGGUAGAGUUUGAGUUUGACGAGUAUCCACUGACAUGCAUCUCCCUCACUUCAAAGCCAGAACAGGUGGUGGUUGGCAACAGCCGCGGCAGAGUGGCUCUGCUCGACCUCCGUCGUAAGGGCAUGGUGCACGUGUUCAAGGGCAUGGCCGGGAGCGUACGCAGCGUCGUCUGCCAUCCGACCCUGCCCUUGGUUGCCAGCUGCGGACUGGACCGGUUCUUCAGGCUCCACGACCUCCAGACGCACAUGCUCCUCUCGAAGAUGUACCUCAAGUCGAGGCUCAACUGCUUGCUGCUACGCACGGACUUUAACGUUUCUGAGGAAGCGGAGAAGCAAGAAGACGCCGAGGCGGAGCCAGCAGACGAUGAGAUCUGGCAGGACAUGGAAGAAGUCGAAGAGGUAGCGGAGGAGCCGCAGACGGUGCAGAAGAGGUCGAAGAAAAAGAAGCCCUCGGCAGAAAGCGGGAAGCGGAAGAGAGUGUGCAUAAGCAAGUGAGCCAGAUGGAGCGGAAUUAAAACUAGGAGAUGCGAUGAAAA